GUAAGUUUUGUUACAAGUUGCAGCGCUUCGUCCUUGUUUCCUGCACAUACAUGACAAUCAUGUACCACACCACAUUGGUUGUUAUUGUUGUAUUUUGCACUGCUGCACACGCAGUCGAAGUAGGAGAUCUGUAUAAGGCCUUGAAUACCAGUGAAACCCUAUGGAUGAUGAAACGGAACUAUACUCGUGUAAAUCAUACGUGUGUAGGGGCCACGAGAAUCGACCUCAAUCUGACUGAUUAUAAGUUUAAUCAGACUUUCAUGAACAACACUAAAGAAGAAUCAUCUGUUCUUUACGCAAAAUUAGGCUGCGAUAUGUUACAUGAAUACAUGAACGUCAGCAAAAUUCAAGGACAAAAUGGGACACAAUACACGUUACAAUUUUGGAACGACAGUGCGAAGUGUGGUAUCCUUACGUUCCCACAACGGAGUAGAAAUUUACCAGGAUGUGAGUUGUACGCAUGGGACAGUUACGUCAAUGAAACUUCAGAUGGGUGCGAGGAAGCAUACCGAAAAAUAUGUACAGGGAAUGCUUCUGUAGUUUACUUUAACAACUGCACGAAGGAGGUCUCAAAUAUAUGUUAAUAAUGUCUUCGGCAUAAGGUACGAACUC